AUGAAUUCUGCAAAGAUUACGGCGAGAUGGGCUUUCAACGUCAGCGAAUGGAAUCCUUCAGAUAAGCAGUACAAUCAGACCCUCUUGUGUGUACAACCAGAGGAAAGCGAACGAAUCAAGAGAUUUAAAUUUUUCAAUGAUUCAAAGUUAGCUCUGGCCGGUAGAUUAUUGACAAGAUACCUGUUUUGUAAAGUGUAUGAGUGUGAUUGGAGGGAAAUCAGGCUUGGCAGGACCAAAGAAAAUAAACCAAUAUUGCUUAAACCAAAAGCUCUUAUCGGUGGAAACAAAUAUGUCAAUUUCAACAUUUCACAUCAUGGAAACUGGGUGGUAUUGGUGGCGGGUGAAAAUUGUCAAAUUGGCGUGGACGUUGCAGAAAUCGAAAAAUUUUCAAACAAAACUAUUCAACAAAUGUUUGAAAUUUUCAAAGAUCAGUUUUCCGAGCAUGAAUUAUCGGUGAUGACCACUCCCCAAGAAGAAUCCCAACAACUACACAUGUUUUAUAGACACUGGUGUUUGAAAGAGAGUUACGUGAAAGCCGUUGGAGUUGGUUUGGCCACGAACUUAAAAUCAAUUGAGUUUCAUCUGUCCGAUGAAGAGAGGGAAAAUUUUUUUACAGUUGAUAAUUCAAAGAUUAUCAACACAAAAACUACAGUUUACAUCAACAAUAAACCUCAAAGGCAAUGGAAAUUUGAGGAAAUGUAUCUCGACGAAUUGCACCUGGUUGGAAUUGCAUAUUGUGGCUUGAACAAUUGCGAGGAUUGUUCGAAUAUUGAGAUAGACGGCUUUAACAAGAUCGAACUUGAGGAGUUGUUGAAGUACUCGAAAGAAUUGUAA